AUGGCUUCCAUAUUCAAACUUGUCCAGGAGGAGGCGACUCCCGAGCAGUGGAAGCAGUGGCUUCGAGUACCUCUGGAGCAUGCCGCGGCGAAAGGGAACUUGGAUCUCUUCACACGGCUGAUGGACGCUGGUGCUGACGGUUGCUCAGGCUGGCGGGGAUGCUAUGGCCGAACGCUGCUGGGCGCGGCUGCAUGCGGCGACGGCGACCAGAUGGUCCGGGCUUUACUCGAAGCGGGAGCGACGGAUGAUGUAAACCGUCCGCUUCGGGACUAA